UCUAUUUUAUUGACGAAAAUCCUAUCGAUCUACAAAAGAAAUAUGAACAUUUAAAUGACACAUUUAUAGCCAUUUUUUGUUGUUUAAAAGAUUAAUAAGGAUUUGUGUGGAGCAUUGUUUACAGUUAAAUGCUUUAUCCCCUUCUUGGCACUGGGGUCAUACCUGGUCAACAAUAGUUGCUAGGGUGCAAAAAGACGCAAUAUCCACUCUCAGGUAAUGAACAUUUUACCUGUCUGUGUGUCGAUCAAACAAUAGAUGUGUAUUCGGGAUGGAUAAGAUUUCAUUUAAACCAACUUUAAAGUGAUAACACAUCCUGGAGUUACUUUUUAUUUCAUUAUUUAAAUUUAUUAUAAAUGUUAUGAUUUGGAAUAGUAGCAACAACACGUGAAAUGCUACUUGAUAUUUUCUGGAUAUAUUAAAAGCAUGUGCAAUAUAUUUAAAUCUACAUGUGGGAUUUAUAGUUAAAGACAAAUCAGGAAUAUAAUGUCGGAGGGGCCAGAACUUCGUGGUGAGGGUCUUGGAAGACCCUAUACCUCUGGUACCUUUCAAUCAAAACUUGAUCAGUUUGCGGAAUUUAUAAAUAGUGUGACUUUCCAAGAUGUUGAAGCGACACCUGAAGAAAGGCGUCAGAUGAUUACAGAGUCAUUGCGCUUUGAUCAGUUUUGUGACAGAAUAAGACAGCUGUUUGGAUCGGAUAUAAAAAAUACAGAUUUAAAGGCAAUAUAUAGAAAAAUUUCUACAAAUCCUGAUGCCAAAGUUGAUUGGAGCGAGCUUUUUGGAUAUUUUCAAUCUAAUAAUGACGAUGAAGAAAUUGUUGUUGGUGAAGAGGUCAAUGUAUUCACAGUGUCUAAGAGGAGGAGGGUUGGAGAGGCAGCUGGUGACAAGACCAGAAGAGAUACAGUGCAGUGUUUGAGAUACAUACCAUCACAAGAUGGCUAUAUAUCAGCCUCACAGAAGGGAGCCAUUUGUAUAUGGAAUAAUAAGCUUAGAUUACAGAGCUGUAUAGAUAUUAAUGAACCAGCAUGGGUGACAGGAUGUGAAUAUUUACCUUCCAUACGUAAAGCUAUUUGUUGUACAGAACGUAGUAUAUGUGUGUGGGACAACAGAUCAAAAGGAAAAAAUCAGCAUGUGUUUGUUAUCAAGCCAUUUGAGAAUUCACCACAAUGUAUAUCUUAUGUGCCAAACCCUGAGGGAACUUUAGAUGACAUAGUAUUAUUUGGAGAUGACAUGGGAUAUCUUAAUGUGCUAAAACUUGUUGCCAAAGAUCUUACGCCAAAAAAUUCCAAAGACAGUGACAAACGCCAAACACAAAUACCUACAAAUAUUACAAUAGCUCCAGAUCAACUUACACACAAAAUUGUUAGAAGAAAAUUGCACAAUGAUUAUGUUUUACAAGUAAAAUAUUUCCCCGAGUUACGAUGUUUUGCGUCAUGUUCACCACAUAGUAAGAAAUCGUUCGUGCUAGAGGAAGUGGACCGACUAUAUGAUGAUGGUGAGGUGAGAGAUGUAGCCAUUCCUAAAGGUGUAAAUUGUUUUGAAUAUUGUACCAAAGCCAAUAUUAUUGCCACAGGUGGUGUAGACAAAGUAAUUAGAGUAUGGCAUCCUCAUAUAUUUUCAAGACCAACAGGGAAAUUGUUAGGCCAUUUAUUUACAAUAGUAGAUAUAUGCUGUAAUGAGAAAGACCAACAUUUGAUCAGUUUGUCAACAGCCAGAGUAUUCAGAGUUUGGGAUAUACAUACAUUAACUUGCCUGCAGGUAUUUACAGACAAUGAAGAGAGGCCAGGAGAAAAAAGAAUAUACUCUAUGAUAUUUGAUAACAAACAUGAAAGACUGUUAACAGGUUCCAGUGUAAUAGAUUCAUGGCCAUUAACUAGAGCUGUCCAGGACACUAUGCAAGUUCCCCAUACUCAUGACAGACCAGUUAGUCAAAUACUGUACAAUAGAGAACUUGGUCAAAUAGUCACAAUAUGUACAGAAUCUGUUAUAAAGGUAUGGGAAUACGAGUCAGGUAAACGUGUGUAUACAAUAACAGAUGCACAUGGUCCUAAUGUGGAAGUGACAGCAUGCUGUUUAGAUUCAUCAGGGUACAGACUGGCUACAGGAGGGUUUGAUGGCUCCAUCAAAGUGUGGGAUUUUGGUUCUGGACAGGAACUGAAACAUAAAUCUGGUAGACAGUCUGAUGAAGAUCUCAGUAUUGUAGGCAUGAAAUACUGGAGUCUAGACAGGGAUAGAGUCAUACUUACUGCAGGAUGGAAUAAUAAAAUUAGAGUCAUUUUGGAUAAUAAUGAGAGUUAUGAUUUACCAAUUGUACGAGAGUUUAGUGAUGUAUAUUUCUUUACCAAAGAUAUUGAUGUUAGUGCUUCAUUGAGUGAUCCCUUCACAGCAGAUCCACUGCCUGAUAUAGGACAGAAUUCUAAUGUAUCUAAAUCUUCCAAGAAGAAUUCUAUUAUGUCUAAUAAUGUAUUUAAAAAGGAUUAUUUAUUAACGCUAAAUGAGAUGUCAACAAUAGAGACGUUUUCACAAAAUACUCUGUAUACUGGUUGUAGCAAUGGUAAACUUAUCACAUGGGACAUAGAGAAAGCAAGUGUUAAUAAAGUACAUGAAAUACAAGACCCAGAAGAAACCUCUUCUCCACCAACCAGUCGACACAGAUCAAGACAGGGAGGGGAAAAGAAAAUUAAUCAAAUCAAAUUCCUAAUACAUCAAGAAAAGAAACUUAGUCCAGAAUAUUUAAAAAAAACGAAAGUUGAAGAUGAGACAGAGCGAGAAGGAGCAGGUUCUCAGAUGUCACACAAAUCUAAAACUUCCAGAAUAGGUUCCAGAUUAGGUUCUAGAGUAGGGUCACGACUAUCACAUCAUUCCAAUGCACCACCUAAGCCACCUGAUAAAAUGGAACAAAAAGAACAGAAGGAUUUUGUGGACCAGUUAACAGCCAGAAUAGAAGGUGAAGACCCUGAGAAAGAAGGACAAGUAGAGGAAAAAGACAAAGAUGAAGAAGAAGAAAAGAAAGAUUAUGAGAAACCGGACAUAGAACUAAAUUUACAUGAGGAUGAAGAGGAGGAGGAAGAAGAAGAAUGGACAGAAGAGAGAAAAUGGGUGGAGGAAACUUAUGAUCCUAUCAUUGUCACAGCUCACCAAGAUUCUUAUAUCAGAUUCUGGAAUAUGGAGGGUCAGGUAUUACGUGAAGUGUCUGCUGUUACAAGACGACAAGGAACUCCUGUAACUGCCCUGUGUCAUGAUGAACGCUGUAACAUACUCAUAUCUGGGGAUUCAAAGGGAUAUUUAACUUUAUGGAGUAUAGGGAAGUUCUUGAGAGACCCACAGUCUAAUGAUCCUAGUGCAAUAAAACAAGUGAUCAGCUGGAGAGCUCAUCUAGUGAAAGUUGUGUCCCUUGUUUAUAUAAACUCAUUAAAGUGCAUUCUGUCAGGAUCUACAGAUGGAUCAGUCAGAGUAUGGUGGGGUUACAAAGGUAGAUUUGUAGGUUUCUACGGUCAGCAUAGACCAUUUGUAUUCCCAGAACGUGAAGAAACUGCUGGUCCUCCAACUCUUCCUUAUGAUAUUACUGAGGGACCAUUAGCUCCAGUUCAAGAGAAAAGUGCUAAACAAACCAUAAGAACUGUUCAGAAAUAUGAAUAUCCACUUAUAUUUGAUAAUGAGAAGUGGACACCAUUUAGAAGAUCAGCAUACAUAAGACAAUCAGAGGCACCUCCUCCAAAGAAAAAACCUUUUACCUAUGAAAUAGAUAAAAAGUUCUUUGGAGCUUUGAUUAAACCUAAGGAUAAUUUAAACAGAUUUUUAGAACUACAUAAGAAGGCAUAUAAUCAUCAUCUAGAAAGCAUAAUAACAGGAGACAAGAAUCAAGGAGCUGUGUUUAGAGCUUUACCGGUAUACAGGGUUAAAACACCAAAGAAAAUAAAAGAACCAGAGUUAGCAUUUAAACUGCCUCAUAACAAUGAAGCUUCUAGUAUUAUGUUUGGUGGAGCAAGCAAGUUAAUUAUGCAAUCCAAAGCAGCUAGCCGUCGUGUAACAAAAAGAGGUAGUGCUAUGGGCAGGUCUGUUGGCAGUGUAUCAUUGUCAUCGGCCAAUUUUUCAUCAAGGAUACAAUCGAGACAGUCCAUUUUGCCCACACCAAGAUCUAUGAGUAAAAUGAGCAAGUUAAGCUCAUUAACAUCAUAAUAGAGCAUGGGAUUGAAUUUCUAAAAUUCUGUACUUUAGUAGCUUAUUUACAAGACAAUUGUGUAAUGUUUUCCAUAAAUCUAUGCAUCAUAUGAAUUUUGAUUUUUUCAUUUCAACACUAUCAUAAAAGUCAACCUUUGAUGUCGGUUGACUUCAUGAACCAGUGCAAACAGUCAAUGUCAAAAUUGAAAUUUUUUUUAAUUUAGAAAGUAAAAUGAAGGGAGAAAUUUGCGCCACAUUAUUUUCUGCAAUGCUACGUUUGCACCACCAGUUUUAGAAUUACAUGGUAUCAUUUGCGCCAAAAAUAGAACAUACGAUUGCGCCAAUUAGAAGAAAAAUUACUUCCCUUCUCCUUUAUUCGGACUUGAAACCGGCAGUUUACACGAAUGUUCCCUUUUCUAAAACAUAUCUUCUUCUUACUGCUGCUGCAUGGGUACUUCCCAUGCAUGGGUACUUCCCAAUAUAAUGUAUUUAGUAGCUAGUAACUUCACUUUAUUGUCCAAAAAACACAAACAUUGAAGGAUGAAAUGCAUAAAACAGUUCAUUGUAAUUCUUGUGGAAUGCUUCUGUUCCAUUACUGGUGCAUCUUGCUGUAGAUAGUUUAAGCCCAUAUGCAUGAUGGAAACAAAUCACUGUGUCAUCAACAUAUUUGACUUAAACAUAAUCAGCAAAAGAAUCUAUUUUCUUCUCCUUUGGCAUAUCUUGUAUUAAAUAUUCAGCAAAGCAAUAAGUUUUCUUUUCUCUCUGUACAUGGACUGUCUAAUGCAUUUUAAGUCAUUUCUCUCCAGGUGCUCAUCUACAUGAUGAAAUAUCUCCGAACAUAUAAUCCUUUUUAAGCCAAAAAUAAGAAUAAAUAUAUAUUAAUCAUUAAUAUAUAUGAUAGAUAUGUGGACAGGUAAAUUGGCGCAAAUGAGCUCCGAAUAUUGGCGCAAUUUAUAUAUUUGGAAAACAAAAUUUGGUGCAUUGAUACCCCUGAAAAACAAUAAUUGGCACAAAAGGACUGCUGCCAAAAUGAAUAAGAUGAAUUGUUAUUAAAAUACUUUCAUUUUAAUUUUAAUUUCUAAAUUUACAAAAUUUCCAAUUUUGACAUUGACUGUUUAUAAAUGCAUACAAUACUUUCUGAAUUAAUAGUAGAUAUAUUAUUAUUACGAUGUUUAUACAUAAAUUGUUGGUUAUCUUUAUUUUUUUCAAAGAAAAGUUAUGAUUACAUCAAGCAGUAUUAUAAAAUGAAAUCAGCAUUUUUGUAAUGUUAAAAGUUGUACCAAUUAAUUUUGUAAACUGAUGGUUUGUCAUCUGGUAUCAUCCAAUUAUUACUAGUAAGAGAGUACAGCAACUGACAAUUGUUUGUGCAGGUCCAGUUUAAUUUUUAGUGUCCUCACUAUGGUCUUGUCGAAUGAACCAAUGCUUCUUUAAACAGGCUUAUGAUAUUUUGUACUCUAUAAUUAACUAGAAAAUGGCUUUGCCGAUUCUUGCUUUAUUUUGCUAUUCCAAAUUUUCACUGCAACUGUAAAGACUUAAGUUUAAUCAUUUUUUACAUUUUUAUAUUUUUUUUUAUUUUAAAGGUCACACAUUUCUAUUUAAAGAUAUGAUAUACGGAGGCCAGUCUGAGUCAGUUAUGGAAAUAUAUAUAAAAUUCUUUUUCUAUCUGCAUGAAACCCUUUUUCCAAAAUCAAGAUGCUACUUUUCAGUUUUGGUGAUUUUGCAUCUACUUCUGUCAUAAAGUCAUCUUUUUUAAAUUAAAACAGAGGAUGUGAGCAUUACAGUUAAUAUUUACUCUUUGUUAUGGUUCCAUAUUUUUAAUCAUGUUUAUUUUUUAUUUUGUUUUUUAUAUGAAUAACAUGCAAUGAAUUUUUAAGCAGAAGACAGAACUGCUGAUAAAUUCAAGAUUUUAUUUUGUUACCUGUGAUAUUUUAGAAAGUCUGUGAUAAAUAUUUUUUAUUAAUAAACAAAGAAAUAUU